AUGGGAGCGUGGCUGCGGCCCGGGCGCUGGGCAGAGGCGGCCCGGGCUGCUCCUCCGCUGCCCUCGCCUCAGUGGCCCGGGGUGGGGGCGGCCGGACCGAGGCGAGGCUCCUCCGAAGGGAGCGGAGGCUGGCAUCGCAGCGUCCCGCGGGCUCGUCUCCGCGGCGCUCUGUGACCCCGCGCGGCCUGGGUCCUCAGCAGGCACCGGGGCGGAAGACACCUGGCCGUGGAGGAACGUGGCCGCUGCCCGCUCCAGGCCUCCGGGCCGCGCAUCUCGGCCUUAGUGUCGGCAAUCCGGGUCCAGCCCCGCCUUGUCCUCUUCUGGGUGCGUUACUGAACAGGACCAAUUACCACAAGACUAAAGACUGUAGCUCUGGCCCCGGAACUCUUCCCUGAUCUUCUGAACAGCCCAUGUGUGCAGAAUGCCCCACAAGAUUGGAUUUGUAGUGGUCAGCUCUUCUGGACAUGAAGAUGGCUUCAGUGCCCGAGAACUAAUGAUCCAUGCACCGACUGUCAGUGGCUGGAGGUCACCAAAGUUCUGCCAGUUUCCACAAGAGAUUGUUCUCCAGAUGGUGGAGAGGUGUCGGAUAAGGAAGCUGCAGCUGCUCGCUCACCAGUACAUGAUCUCCAGUAAGGUCGAGUUCUACAUCAGUGAAAGCUUGCCCGAAUACCUGGUGCCAUACCAAGCAGAGCGAUUCCGCAGACUGGGCUAUGUCUCUCUCUGCGACAAUGGAAAGACAGGCUGCAAGGCCCGGGAGCUCAAGUCUGUGUACGUGGAUGCCGUGGGGCAGUUUCUUAAACUGAUUUUUCACCAAAACCAUGCCAACAAGUACAACAUAUAUAAUCAGGUGGCUUUGGUUGCAAUAAAUAUCAUUGGAGACCCUGCAGAUUUUGGUGAUGACAGCAAUAUUACCUCUAGAGAGAAGCUGAUUGACCAUUACCUUGGCCACAGUCCCCACAGUGAGGACCCAGCUCUAGAAGGAACUUUUGCUGGGAGAUCUGACUAUAUCUCUCCACUUGAUGACUUGGCAUUUGACAUGUACCAAGACCCCGAAGUCGCACAGAUCAUCCGCAGGCUGGAUGAAAAGAAACGGGACGCUGUCAAGAAGGAGCGCUAUGACCAUGCCAAGAAACUGAAGCAAGCCAUCGCUGACCUACAGAAGGUCGGUGAGCGCCUGGGACGCUACGAGGUGGAGAAGCGCUGCGCAGUGGAGAAAGAAGACUAUGACCUGGCCAAGGAAAAGAAACAGCAAAUGGCACGCUACCGUGCCCAGGUGUACGAACAGCUGGAGCUGCAUGGCCUCCUGCAGGGCGAGCCAGAGAUACAGCGGCCUUUCGCUUUGCCCCUCCAGCCCCUUGCUUCACCCAGCAGUCCCCAGCACUGGAAGGCAGUGUCCUCACUCCCGCGCACAGAAGAGCUAGUAGCAGAAGACACAUUUGCAGGCCCUAUCCUCCAGGAAAAGCCCUUGGCAUAUACCUUGGCAUCUUCUCCUCGGCAUUCAGCAGUGGACCAGUCCCCGCCUGCCGCAGUCCCUGCACCUAGGAGCCAUGUGGACGCCCUGCCCUAUGAUGAACGGCCUCUUCCUAUUACUCGAAAGCAGUUGGGGGAAGCAUCUGCAGAACCAGAAGUGAGAGAGCCAGACAGCAGUGAUGUCCGGAGACGGGGUGUCUCAGGGGAACCCGAGCCCUUGACAGAGAAGGCCUUGAGAGAAGCCAGUUCUGCCAUUGACACCUUAGGCGAAGCCUUGGUGGCUGGGGCCUAUUCUAAGACGUGGUCCUGCCGAGAGGAUGCACUGCUGGCAUUGUACAAGAAGCUGAUGGAGAUGCCUGUUGGAACCCAGAAGGAAGAUUUGAAAAACAUACUCAGAGCAUCUGUCUUUCUCAUCAGAAGAGCCAUAAAGGACAUUGUGACCUCAGUCUUCCAGGCUUCACUGAAAUUGCUGAAAAUGAUAAUUACACAGUAUAUCCCCAAGCACAAGCUGAGCAAACUGGAAACAACACACUGUGUGGAGAGAGCUGUUCCCCUUUUACUCAGCAGGACCGGAGACUCCUCGGCUCGCCUCCGUGUCAUAGCUGUGAAUUUCAUUCAGGAAAUGGCCUUGUUUAAGGAGGUGAAGUCUCUCCAGCUCAUCCCGUCCUACUUGGUGCAGCCGCUGAAGGCCAAUGCUUCUGUUCAUCUGGCAAUGAGCCAAGUGGACCUUCUGGCCCGGCUGCUGAGAGACCUGGGCACUGGGAACUCAGGUUUCACCGUGGACAAUGUGAUGAAGUUUGCACUGAGCGCCCUGGAGCACAGGGUGUAUGAGGUGCGAGAGACAGCAGUCAAAAUCAUCCUGGACAUGUACAGACAGCACCCAGCCCUCACCCUGGAGCACCUUCCUCCAGAAGACAGCAGCACACGCAAGAACCUUCUCUACAAAGCCAUUUUUGAGGGAUUUGCUAAGAUAGAUGGCAGACCAACGGAGGCUGAAGUCAGGGCCCAGAAGAGAGCAGCCACAAAGGAAGCAGAAAAACAGAAGAAAGAGGAGAUGAAGGCUCUGCAGGGCCAGUUGGCCGCUCUGAGAGAGACCCAAGCUGGAGCCCAGGAGAAUGACGCUAUGAAGCUCAAGAAUCAAGACCCUCAAGGAAGGAAAGCUGCCCCACCUGAGACUCCAGAAAUCCCAGACAACCACUAUUUGGAUAAUCUGUGCAUCUUUUGUGGGGAGAGGAAUGAGUCCUUCACAGAAGAGGGUCUGGACCUGCACUACUGGAAACACUGCCUCAUGCUGACGAGAUGUGACCACUGCAGGCAGGUGGUUGAGAUAUCCAGCCUGACGGAACACCUGCUGACAGAAUGUGACAGAAGGGACGGGUUUGGGAAGUGCCACCGCUGCAGCGAGGCUGUUCCCAAGGACGAGCUUCCCAGGCACAUCAAAACUAAGGAGUGCAACCCUGCCAAAUCGGAGAAGGUGGCAAACCGAUGUCCUCUGUGUCAUGAGAACUUUGCCCCUGGAGAAGAGGCAUGGAAGGCUCAUCUGAUGGGCCCUACCGGCUGCACAAUGAACCUGCGCAGGACACACAUUCUCUCCAAGGCCACAGCCCCACAACAAGGGAAGGGCCCAGCAGCAUCGAAGUCAGGAACCUCAGGACCCAAGGUUGGAAGCAAGAUACCCACCCCAAAGGGGGGCCUGAGUAAGAGCUCCAGCAGGACAUACACAAGACAGUGACAGUUUCUGUCUCUGCCAGGGCUGUGCCAGUUUCCCCAUUCUAAGCCAUGUGUGUUGACGUAGUGAUGCUGGGCUCAGUACCGCUGUCCCUGGCCUCUUGUGUCACAGUGUCUGCUCUCACAGGAACAGAGUGUGUGGAUUUGACCAAAGAACCCUCCCAGUCUAGGUCCCACAGUGCUGGACCCUUUGUCAGUGCCCAGGCACAGAAGCACAUCUUGCUCAGGAAACAGCAGUGCAGCACCCACUUCCCUUACUACUGAGAUGUACCCUAAACGUUGAGCUCACUGGUGUCUGUUGCACGUUGUGGACUUUGCACAGGGCUGAGCUCACCUUUGGUGGCCCUAGAGGACAGCAGCAGGCCAGGCUGAGCCUGCUGUGCCGUCUCUCAUACGCCUGUCUGCUAGGUUGUCACGCCAUGUACAGCAACAAGCAAUAAAGGAAAGCAAGCAAAAGAGAGCCAUUCUAAGAACAGUCCCCUCCAACACACUUUGCCCAGUGCUCCUUGUGCACACCUAUCCUCAUGACCCCACUGACAGCCCUACCUUGAUGCCAUCUGUCAGUGGCUCAGAGUCCUAAGUGGAUUUUGGAUGAUGUCCCCCUGGCUACCCUAUUCUCACCUGACCAUAGCCCACCUGCAACCCACAAAGACAAGUCCCGCACACCUUGCUGGCCCAGAGCCUCCAAAUGAGUUGUGUUAUGUUCCGUGAUGUAAGUGAACCCACUCUCCAAAAUCAUUCAUAGUAUGUCCCUCACAAGUGCUUCACUGAACAAUGGCUCAGACCUCAGGAGACACCUGCCAGCAUCCUCACCUGCCUUCCUACCAGGAGCUCUGGUCAGACAAGCAUCUGUGGGAAGGACCGAGUCCAUCUGAAGCUCCUGUCACUGUCCCUGGCCACCAUGGGAUGAAGGGCGGCCCACUGAGGCCCUGCACUGAGCCUGCUUCCUGAGGUUUUCCUCAUGUCCCUUUGAAAUGUCUAGGAUUGAGAAAAUUAGUGUUAUAAAAAUUAGGGCAUAUUUCUUUAAAAUUCUCAACCAUGUAAAACAAAAUCCAUAAACAUGUAUAGGUGCCUAAGCAGCGAGCAUGCUGGGUAGUUAAUCCCAUGAACUCAACCCCUGCUUUUGGCAAACAGCUCCUACUGUGCUUGGCCCAGAGCAUCAAAUGGAACAGCGUUUGUUGAGAGGAGAAUCCUGUCAAAGGCCUUGAGUGUGGAGAGCACGAAAUGACUGAGAAAGCCAAGCACAGGUACCAUAGGGUAACAAGGAGGUCCUUCGGGUCAGACGCUGGCCAUUGUCUUCUAGCCCAUCUCAAAGUAUGGACAGCAAUGGAAAGUUAACCUCAGAACUUAAGAAACAGAUACCUGUAAUGCUUUCUAUCUGUUGUAACCUUAAGCUAUUUGUAAAAAUCCUUCCUUCUUAGCCUAGCACAGUGGCUCACACCUGAACUGGCGCUUGGGAAGCCAGAGUCAGAAGCUCACCACAAGUUCAAGGGAAGCCUGGCUCCAGAAUGAGACUCUGGCUCAAAAUUAAACAGAACAGAAAAUAAUCCUUUGUUUUUAGCUCCCACGUUUGCCUGUUACAGAAUCAUGAGUUUCUGCAGAGGUGACUGGCGGUAUUGGCAGCCACAAAGCUCCACACCACUGUGCUUGAUUCAGGGAAGGAGCUAAUAACCCCACCACUGAUAAUAUCAAAAUGUGGAACACUCCUCAUGCUUCACAUAUGAUAUGUUGUGGAUAUUUAAUAUUUAUUUAUAUUAUUUUCAUAAAAGAUUCUAUUAAAUCUAAUUUAAAGGAA